UCCAGCUCUGCUCGUAACAGAAGAGCGACUCCACCAUCGGGCACUAACAGCGGAGCCGCCGGUUAAUACGGCCAUCGACACAGAUACCAUUCCAUUCACGGAAAAGCUGGAGUGAUUUUACAACCUUUCGAAUAGCACAAAUGGCAAAGAAGGCCACUUCGCUUCUCCUCCGGGCUCUGGAGAUGUCAGAAAGACAGUCGUGCGAGGUUAUGAGGAGAAACUCCAACUGCACCAUCAGACAUUUAAGCUCAUGUGGCAUCUUAGCUACACGACGAGUGAGCUUACGUCCUCCUUCAGCAUCUUCUCAGAUGGUGCCCAGCCGGAGCUUCAUUAACUUAUCAGCCCCCCUCAUAGCGCGGAGAAUGGAGUACUCGGAGAGCCGGAGCAUUGCUUACUCACCUGAGCAGAUGUACAGCAUUGUUGCCAAUGUGGACCAGUACCAGCAGUUUGUGCCUUGGUGCAAGAGGUCAAAGGUGACGAAGGGGCGAAAUGGGGACAUGCGAGCUCAGCUUGAAAUCGGGUUCCCCCCAUUUGUCGAACACUACACCUCUGAGAUCACAGUCAUCCCGAACCACCAAGUCCGAGCGGUGUGUACAGACGGGACGCUCUUCAAUCACCUCGAGACAUUGUGGCGAUUCACUCCUGGAGCUGGGGGCCAGGCCGAAUCCUGCAAUGUGGAGUUCUUUGUGUCAUUCGAGUUCAAAUCUCUGCUCCACUCACAAUUAGUGACAGUAUUUUUUGAUGAGGUGGUCAAACAGAUGGUCAAUGCUUUUGAGACACGAGCAACCAAACUUUACGCCACAGGUGUUCAUCGACAGAAGACAUCAUUCAGAAGAGCAACCCGAGAACCUUGUUAAAACGGAUACAAGGAGAUACAUAACCACAUACAUUGUUAAAAUGUUCUGGAGAAGAACAGAUCCUCUUUGUUAAUCCAGUCUGUGGGAUAGGCCAGCACAGGAAAAAAAGGCCUGCUGGAAAAAAAAGAACACAUUUGAGAAGUAUAUUUAUUUAAACCAGAGAUAUAAUUUAUUGAAAUCAGUGUGUGUGUGUGUGUGUGUGUGUGUGUGUGUGUGUGUGUAAUUUAUAUAAUACCUGUGGAGUGAAAGAGGAAGAUGAUUGCAGUAAAAAUAUUUAAGGAUGAAUGCUUUUUCAUAUUUAUGAUCAUUAUAUUCACACACUUGACAAAAGGGAAAAUAAUCAUCUCUAAAUUAUUAUUGAGUGCACUUUGUCCAGACUUGUAAUAAAACAAUAAUAUAUUUUUUUAAAA